AUGGCGAUGUUUGAUGAGCAAGAUGAGGAUGAUUUCAAUGGAGUAGACCAAGGCUCUAGGGAUGUGAUACGAGGUGUUGCUACAGAGAUUUAUGAAAACCUCAAGGAUAGCAAAUUCUUGAUCCUUUUUCUUAACGGUAGCGAUGAGGAGAUUGAUGUGUCCAGCAUGGGUAUUCCUCCAUUCUCGGAAUUCCAUAACCAUGCAAUGAUAUGGGCAUUUAGCAGAGGGUCGUCACUGACAUUAAACUCUAGGGCAAGCAUGUCUAAGAGAGCAGGCAAGCUUAGAUACACACACGAGUUCUAUAAUUGCUUUUCAGGACUCUGGGAAGUCUGGUUACUCAUCUACGCGAAGCAUGGACAGGUCAAGGACUGCUGUCUGUAUGAACUAUGCCUACAGUACAAUUUUCAUAGAACCACCAAAUUUGAUUGGGUUGCUCAUGCUUCAAACUAUUGGAUAUGCGAUGAAAUCAUCAAAGGGGACACUGCAAAGGAGAUCAGUGCCGCAUUGCGCCGUGAGAUAAUAACAUGGGAGUGUGAUGAUGCAGUGCUUGAUGAUGUAUUUCCGAGGGUCAUGUUGUCAGCAAGAAGACCUCCAUAUAUGCGAGCUGUUAAAGAGGGCGGCUGGGGCUAUGAAGAGGGACCGUACCGCUGGAUUUCAGUGACCUCAAGGAAUAUAGAAGCACACCAUAUGCAGUCUAUACCUGCAGUGACAUCCUCUUUCUUCCUGGCAUUUGAAACACAAAAUGGGCCAACCACAUUACCAGCUAGCUUGUUCAGGGAUGCCAGAAACCUUGGUGUGCUUAUUCUCUGUCAUUGCACCUUCAGUUUUGCAUCACCUCCUUUCUUUGUGUCCCAGUGCCUACGGUUCCUCGGAUUGGAUCAUUGCUCAGAUGAUACAACAGGUAGUCAUAGAAGUGAGGAUUGGGCGACUAUAUGUGGCCUAUAUGUGUUGGACCUACGUUACACAGUCUGGAAUGAGAUACUUUCUCAAGAGAAGAUGGAGCUCAUGAUUAACCUGAGGGAGCUACAUGUAGAAGGAGCCAGAUGCUGGCCGGACAACACUCACUUGCAGGGGCGGUUACUUAACCUUGAGAAGCUCAGAAUUACCAGGUCACAAAGUGAGACAUUAGCAGACAUUAGCACAUCCUUUAUGGACAAGACAAAGUUGGAAAUACUGGACCUGUCUGGCAGUCUUUGGGUGAAAGUUCUGCCAACUAGCCUAUCAAAGGCUUGUAGCCUUCAAGUGCUUCUUCUUGAUGGUUGUGAAGAACUGGAAACUGUUGUUAUCCCUGAUGGGCUUCCUUCCUCACUCAGAUCUUUCAGCUUUGACAGCUAUGGACCAGUAUCCAAGCAUUGGAUACCAUGCCCUGACUUGCCCCCCGACAAUUUGCGUCCUUCUUCUCCAGAUGAUGACCGGCAGCAGCAAGCAGCCAAAACCUCCAAGAUCUCCCUCGAAGGCUGCACUCGACUAGAAAAUUUGUUCGUGCGGGGGCUUCCAAACCUUGUGGAACUGGACCUCUCUGGAACUGCAAUCAAGAUGCUCAACUUUGAAACCAUGGUGGUGCAGGUCCCAGGGCUGAAGCGACUGUUUCUACUAGGUUGUGAGCAUCUUCGUGGAAUAACAUGGGACAAGGUCCGUUUUAACUUAGAGUUGCUGUGCAUUGAUACACGAACUGGGAUCCGAGGUCGUACUCUGCAGCCAUCCCUUGGCCAUGGCAAGAAGAAAUCCUGCUUUCUACUGCGUGCUGUUCUAGUUGAUGCAAGGCUCAUUCGGUCCCUUCACUUCCCAAUACUUCACCAUAAGAACCGAUCGAAGGGAAGCGGCGGCAACGACUUCCAAUUUAGCAUCCAUUUUACCUCUUCAUUCAUGAACAUUGGUAGUAGUGCUAGUUCACAACAAUUUGAAGGAACCUGCAGUUGCAACGAGAAGCAGAUGGAAGAACUCAGUCCCGGUGAACACAUGAGGCUUGGUCAUCAGGUCCCAGCAGCAAUCCCAUACCCGGAUGUCCCUGAUCUGGGUGGAGACGUCCCAAUGCAAGAUUUCCCACAGCCUUUUCCUCCGGCAUCCGCAGCAGAUCGCUACAUUGAGGUCGUUCAAGGGAGCCACAACCUGGAGGGCGAACUAAGGUACACGGCUGGUAGAGAAAUUAUGGUGUUCCAUGCUGAGUUCCUGCAUGUCCAUGAUGCCUCCAUCGCUAGUAGUUUCCCUGGAGGUUACAGCGUUAGGUGGUGCCGUGUAGAACGGUGCCCUAACAUAGAAGCGGUAUUCUCUGUGGAUUCAAAGGGUUUCAGCCAAUUGGAGACUUUCUGGGCAUCAGAUCUGCUCAGGGCCCGCAGCAUCUGGAGCCAGAGUCCUGUUCCUACUAGCUACUGGAUGGGUAAAAGUGAUUUCCGUUCCUUCGAUAAUCUUCGACACUUGCACCUGCGCUCCUGCCCUAGGCUGGACUUCGUGCUAUACGCUGAUGGAACCUACUCCUUUCAGAGCUUGGAGACCCUCCACAUCAUCCACUGCGGCGAGCUGAGGCAUGUCUUCAUACUGAAGACAACAUAUGGGUAUAGAAGGGACAUAGCCUACCGCGGCGUGACGUUCCCGAAGCUGACCACCAUCCGCCUGCAUGACUUGCCACUGCUGCUGCAGAUAUGUGUGGUCAAGAUGCUGACACCCAAGCUGCGUAGCGUCAAGAUCAGCGGUUGCUGGGGCAUGCGCCGGCUGUCAACGGUCGUCGAUGUCGUCGCCACCGGCAAUGACCAAGCAAGCUGCAGCAAGCCGACUGUGGAGAUUGAGAAGGAGGUGUGGGAAACGCUAGAGUGGGACGGGGCUGAUGCUGGCCACCACCACUCCCUCUUUGAGAUGCGCCACUCUCGCUACUACAAGACGAAAACUGUCAGGGGUGCCCUCCUGAGGUAA